UUGGGAUACCAUAUCUCUUCCAUCGUCUGUCUACCUUAUCUUCCCAAGCUUUUCAUCUGGUGUGUGCGCUCCUCCAUGGCUGUUCCACUCUCAGUCUCAACAAAUCCUCUCAUCUCCCGCCAAUGUCACCGUCUCUACUUCCCUUCCACGUCAUUUAAGGGAAAUGUAAGCGUCUUAGGAUCAAACCCAUGUCAGAUUCUUUCUCUGAAACUCCACCUCAAGCGUCGAACGGGAAAGCAACAAGCGAGACCCCUUGUUGUGUUCAACCAAACGUCUUCUUCUUCUUCUCCGGAAGCAGUAGUAGGUUCAGAGAGGUUCCGCCUGGAUAAUCUGGGACCACAACCUGGUUCGAGGAAGAGGGCGAAGAGGAAAGGUAGAGGUAUCUCUGCAGGACAGGGAGCUAGUUGUGGUUUCGGUAUGAGAGGGCAGAAGUCACGGUCUGGUCCUGGAAUCAUGAGAGGUUUUGAAGGUGGACAAACUGCUCUUUAUCGCCGUCUUCCCAAACUUAGAGGAAUCGCUGGAGGUAUGCGUUCAGGAUUACCCAAGUACGUACCGGUUAAUCUCAAAGACAUCGAAACAGCUGGGUUUGAAGAUGGAGAUGAAGUGUCACUAGAGACACUGAAGCAGAAGGGUUUGAUCAAUCCUUCUGGGAGGGAAAGGAAACUCCCUCUAAAGAUUCUGGGUACUGGAGAACUAAGCGUGAAACUCACUUUCAAAGCUCGUGCCUUCUCAACAUCAGCAAAAGAGAAGCUUGAAGCUUCAGGUUGUACACUCACUGUGUUGCCCGGCAGAAAGAAAUGGGUGAAGCCUUCAGUUGCUAAGAACCUUGCACGUGCUGAUGAGUACUUUGCCAAGAAGAGAGCUGCCGCAGCUGAAACAGCAGCUUCAGAACCAGCUACUUCUGCUUAAACAUGUUCAUUUGCAAUGUUGUAAAGAUUUUGUAAAAUGGUAAAAAUUAUUAUUGAACA